UAGGUAUGUCCAGACGUCGAUUAGUGCCUUGUUUCAGCCAUCCCUGGGCUGUUAUGUCAGUGUACGUUAGCUGUUAGCGAGUUUCUUGUGGUUGGAAAGGAGAAGGUACGGGGGUGGUUCUUCCCUUUUGGGUAGCCGUACGAAACACUUACCAACCCACCAACAGAUACAUAAGAACGGGUAUAUAAAGGUGGAAACCACAUUGGAGACGAAUAGCAGGCAAGCCAGUAAAGAAAAGAUGCCAUCGACCACUAAAAUUAACCCAAACGAGUAUACGUUGCGGUUGUUGACCAACGAGGAUCAUGUUCAAUUCACCAGGUAUCAGAAUGCCGAUACUUGGAAAGGAAGACUCUCUAAAGAGAAGUAUAUGAUGCGUGAGGCCACCUUACUGAAAAGUAAGAUAGCAUCUUCCAAUGACAAUAAGUUGUAUGUUUUUGCAUUACAUCAUAACGAUGAAGAUGAAAAAUUUUUUUGUUCGGUUGAAUUAUUGGUUAGAGAAUCGUGGAGAUUUGAAGUUGAAGAUGGUGAAGCUGUACGUCGUAGUAUCAAGAGUGGAUGUAUUGGGGGUGUUUAUACUUAUCCUGAGUAUAGGGGUAAAGGAUAUGCUAGUAUAAUGAUUGACCGAUUAGUUGAAAUUGCAAAAGAAGAAUACAUUGGACAAGAUGGAUUCAUAUUCUUGUAUUCGGAAGUCGGGGAAUACUAUUCUCGUUUUGGGUUUAAAUCUUUAGAAGUACCUAUUACUCAUGUACCGUUACAGGUUGAGGACUCGGUCAAUGAUAAAUUUGAAAAAUUGGUUGAAUCAAAUCCUUAUGAAGUUGAACUAGUUAACUAUCAUGAAUUCGAGCCAAUUUUUAAGAAAUUCAAUUCAGCUUGUUACGCUAAGUUCUUGAGUGAAACUAAAAAGGACGGCAAGCCUAGGGUUUCAAUUGAUCCUUCCAGUGAUUACAUAGAUUGGUUUCAUCUCAGAGCCAAAUAUCUCAGUCACCAUAUUUAUUAUGAUGAAGUUCCGUUGAUUGACUAUCAAAAUGAGUCUUAUGAAUCAAUUAUUAAAAACUAUGAAAAUAUAGAACCAAGCAAAUUUGGUAUUGAAAUCACUAACAAUGGCGAGAUAGUUGGUUUUAUUGUAUGGAGUUAUGAAUUUCAAGUUAAUGAUGAUACCAAUAAAGAUGAAAAUUAUAUAACUAUCAUUCAAACUUAUGUUAAUGAAAAUUACAAUUAUAAUGAUACUUUAUUGAAUUUGAUUGAAUUAACGAAAAGCUACUUAGAGAAGCAAGACUUGUUUAAAGAUUUCAAAAAUGAAUUAAUCAAACUAGUUAUAUGGGAAUCAGAAUUGAAUGAUUCCCUUAUUGAAAAGUUAAAUCAUCGUUAUAAUAGUAAACUGGGAAUUGAAAAUGGUUCAAGAAGUGCCAUAUUAAUUUAUAAUGGGGAAGAUCAAAACUCCCUUAUCAAUGGAGACUUAAUUUGGGAAUUAAACAAUAAGCUCCCUUGGUUUUAAUUAAUUAAUUUAUAUAAUUCACCCGAUUUCUUCAAAUUUUGUAAAUCACUAUUUCCCCCAAUAUGCUCCUUGUUAAUGAAUAUAUUUGGAACAGUUCUCUGUCCAGUCAAUUCUUGUAAGCCUCUUUGUAUGAACCCCCCAUCCGGGAUCUGAUCUAACUCAAUAAUAACUGGAUUAAACUUGUUAAAAGUUUCCUUGGUUUGAGUGCAAUAUGGACAAUACGAUUUUGAAAAAACCAC